AAAGCGAUCUGAACACAAGCCCCUCCGGCCGGGGUCUCCGACCGCCCACAGCAGGCACAACGCGGUGGGGAACCAGGAAGCUCCGGAGGCGCCCGCUGCUGCGGUCCUCCAGGGGCCUGGCGCAGGCACCGGCCUCUCUCCCGGGGGUUCGCCCGCGCGGUCUGCCUCGUCCGCUCCGCUUCCCGGGCCCCACGCCGGGCCGCAGGGUCGGGGAUGCCGCGGCCGGCGCCAUCCCUCGGGACCCGAGCGCUUGGACCUCAAACCCGCUCUCUCCACGGCGACCGCGCACGCGCCAAGGCCGCGACCCGGAAGGGCUCCGCCGGCCGCGGUGGCGACCCGGAAGCUGCUCCCGGCGUUGGGGCGAGAGGGACAAGAGCUUAUGAGGCGAGGCUCUGGAGAAUCGCUGUUGCCGGGACGAUGGCGGGGACGGCUCUCAAGAGGCUGAUGGCUGAGUACAAACAAUUAACACUGAAUCCUCCAGAAGGAAUUGUGGCAGGCCCCAUGAAUGAAGAGAAUUUUUUUGAAUGGGAAGCAUUAAUCAUGGGCCCAGAAGACACCUGCUUUGAGUUUGGUGUUUUUCCUGCCAUCUUGAGUUUUCCGCUUGAUUACCCACUAAGUCCCCCAAAGAUGCGAUUUACCUGUGAGAUGUUCCAUCCCAACAUCUACCCCGACGGGAGAGUCUGCAUCUCCAUCCUGCAUGCCCCCGGUGAUGACCCCAUGGGCUACGAGAGCAGCGCUGAGCGGUGGAGCCCUGUGCAGAGCGUGGAGAAGAUCCUCCUGUCGGUGGUGAGCAUGCUGGCAGAGCCCAAUGACGAAAGCGGAGCAAACGUGGAUGCUUCCAAGAUGUGGCGGGAUGAUCGAGAGCAGUUUUAUAAAAUCGCCAAGCAGAUUGUACAGAAGUCUCUGGGGCUCUGAGGUCCAUGCCCGCGUGUGGACCUGUGCACAGACCCACACACCAGCUAGUGGUUUCCAGCCUUUCUCCUGGGAAUGAUCAGUGACGCUGAUACUCUGUGCUAGCACCAAAAAAGGCAGACUUGCAGAACCACAUCAUCUAUUUUGUUGCCCAACUUUCCCACCCCAAGUAGGCUUCUCCUCUGAAAUUAUGAUUAUGUAGAGUAACGACAGCCCGAUGCAGUUGUAAGUAUCCCUUGGGAGGGCCGGGCGGGUUGUCAGCCCUGGCAGCCUUGCCUGUCCUGGCUGAAGAGCCUGCAGGCCCAACAGCCGUGACCCCCUCAAGCAGUGGGCAUCCCGUGGGUCCCCUCCCCUGGCUGAGCAAGCAGGGGAGGGCUGAAUGUGCCAAACUUGCAGUGGGUCAGAAGCCGCGCUGCUCUUUCCAAAAAAGUGGGUCCUUGUGGCAACAGCCGAGGGGCCGGGCCGGGCGGCUCUCUGUACCGAGGCCCCUCCUGUUCUCGCGUCUGUUAUUUCAGAUCCUACGAGCAGAUGUUUAUCUUACGAUCAGUUACGUCCUUUUCAUUGUUGUCUAUUACAAACCAUCACAUUUAGAAAUAUUUUCAGGAAAUAAACGCUUUUUAAAAAUGUAGAUUAAUGAAAAAUGGGUUACAUAAAAAAGUUUACUGCUGGUCAUAAAAACCGAUAGUUCCUUUUUGAUCACAUUUGUCAAAGAUUGAUAAUUAUGUCUUAGUUACUAGUGAGUUUUUAGAGCAGGUAUGUAAGAGGUGUGAAAUUUUAUGAAGAUUUCUUCUGGGUCUACAGGAGUUUUUCUUUUCCAAUCUAGAAACUGGGAAGUUCUAAGGUUUUGCACAUUGCAGCUGCACCGAACGUCACCUGGUGGGGGGAGGGGGCAGACUCGUCUUAGCGCCCGCAGCUGGGGAGGGAGCCCCUCGCUAGCACAGCAUGUGGGGUGUGCCUUCCCCGCCCGGCCGCUGGCCCAGGGGGUGGCUCACGGGGUCCCCAGUGCACGUGGGGGCAGAGCACUUUCCUGCGCUUGGCUGUGAUGAGAGCUGACGCCCCGGGGCUCCGCGCGUGGUGAGCUUUGCCGCUGCGCUGGGAGGCUGCUCUGAGCAGGGGCAGACCUAGUGUCCUAGUUCACAUAGGGGUGUCUACAUACGAUAGAUUUCAUCUUAUGUCUUCCUUUUUCCUUUUCUUUUACAAUGUAUUCAGUGGACAGAUUAAUUGUCUGUCUUGCUGAAACCUCACAUGUAAUUUCAUGGUGUUAACAAUUUAUGGUUAAAGGAGGCUCCAUAUUGAACUUCUAUGAAAACCAGAUUAUUUCUUUCUCAGAAUGGUUUAAAGUUUGAAAUCCAAUAUGAUAACUUGUAUUAGGAAGGGAUUGGGGGAAGGAGAGAUAUUGUACCUAAAUAGUAUUCACAGGCAUAUUAAACAAGACGUGGCCGUCCUUAUAAAGAGUGAAGAAGUGCUUGGUGCUGGUGGCUGUGUGGGGCCGUGGGCCGUGUUCCGCUGCGCCGUGGGGGCUGGAGUUGCGGAGGAGGGAGGCCUCAUGGGGGGCAUGCAUUUAUCCUUCAGGCUUCCGUGACACUUGGAAAAGGAAGAGGAGCAGUGUCUGCAAAACAAAGUAUUUUUAUUUUUUGUAUUUAUUAAGUGGAAAAAAAAAUGAAUCCCAUGAUGUCCUUAUUCUGCGGUGGAAUUUAAUUACAUUGUUAAAAAUAAAGUUAUAUAUUUUCCCCCUAAU